AUGGGCGGUAAGAUGGCGCUUGCUGCUGGAUUCCCUUCUUUCUGCUCUUCUUCUGGUAGGUUUUCUCUGGCAUGUCGCUGACUUGUCACCGGGGCGGUGUCCAUUAUCUAUCUCCUGUGCAGCUGCUGGCGGCGGAAAGAGAGAGGCGAGUGGCGACGCUGUUGGUUCUGGCAGGGAUGGCCGUGUCAGUCUGUGGUUUGCGACUAAUCCGAGCAAGAGAUGGGGGGAGGGGUUUUUCAUGAUCUACACUCCCUUCUGGCUCACUCUCUGCCUGGGGAUCGUCGUCCCCUACAGGCUCUAUGAGGUGAGGCCACAGACUUCAUGUAGUGUUUCCUGAACACCCCCGAAACACAGGAGCGGACUUCCUUCUUCUGUUUUUUAGUCAUUCCCUGUAGUGUUAUUACCAUUUAUGAUUCACCACGAGUUGACAUAUUGACGUUUGGAGUCCUAUUCUGGCACAUUUCCAUGUCAGAAAAUGAUUCUAUAUUUCAUAAUUAUUUGUAUACCUUCAUGUAGUUGGUUAUGUUUUCGCGAUUAUUUAAGCUUAUUUAUCUGGGAACUUUUUCAUCCAGAUAAUUCGUAGGGUAGAAUCGACGUGCUUAACCUGGAUAUUGAAGUGGCUUGUUCAUGUUCACUUUUUUGAAACUUAAGGGUGUUUUUUGUGACUUAUUUAUUUAGAUAAAUAUUAACGUAAAUAGAAGAAAGACAGAUAAUUUGCUAAUAUACCUUUGAGUCUUACAUUGAUUAUGCUUCUUCCUGUAAUCAUAUUUCUGAUAACCAUUAUUUAUGAUGGCAGAGGUUCACCGAGUUGGAAUAUUUGCUUCUUGGAAUGGUCUCUGCAGUCCCAUCAUUUGUAUUGCCCCUUAUAUUUGUUGGCGAGGUGAGCACUAAAUUAAUGAUUGUUUCUUUUUGCGGCAAUUGAUUUUUUUAAAGUUUAUGUUUUCCAUUAAGAUAAACAUUCUAGAGCAAGGCUGGCUGACUCUAUCGUCCAGAGAUUUAGAAAGAGGGAGAACCAGACCGGAUUAUGGUGACUUGUUCUUGACUUGACUUUGGCCAACUUAACACAUAUAACUUUAUAGUUAAAAUUUUCUUAGGUAAUUUUCCCCCAGGUCUUCCUGAUGUGUCCUGGGAAUCAAAGCUUUGAAAAAUGGAUCAAAUCUGUACAAGUCCGAUGGAGUUACACCAUCCUAGAAAACCAUGCUUGAAAUCGCCAGGCUUUGUCCGCACUGUGUGAAAGUUGUAUUCUUGAGCUUGUUCACCAAGAAAACUGGAAGCAUAUCUGAUUGAUGAAAUUAGUAUCUUGGAAAGUUUCAAUUUUUCUUUGACUGCUAAAAUAUUUCGUUUUCUAAUGACUGCUAAGAUUCUACUGCAACUGUUAUUCUGAAUUACGUUUUAUGAUAUGCAUAAUUUAAUUCUAGGUAAAUGCAAUAUCUGCGUUUUGAUCCUUGGCACAAUUUGGAAUGUAGGAACACCCUGAUUUUUGUGUUAAAGCUGUUCAGUAGAGAAACUUUUGAUUUCUAUUUGCUCUAAAGUGAGACAGUGAGAUUGAGAUUUUGCAAUUAGGGUUCUUAGUUCUUCAAUUGUGACCGGAUUGGGGAUUUAACUUUCUUUAUUCCAUGUUGGCAUAGACCACUUGAGAUCUGUGCAUUGGGCUCCAAUUCGUUGAAAUCUCAUCUGUCUAUUAUAUGUUCUUCUCUUUUCUAUAUGUAAUGCAUUUUUGUACUACCUAUUGCCUAAGUCAUAUCUGCAUUGGAUCUCUACCAUUUAGUUUUCUCAGGUCUCUGAUGCAGAAUCAUUUUUAUACGUUCUGUCCACCAUUCCUAUUUUAAAAUUUCCUCUAAGUCCGGACCCUGAAUGCAUCAUGCAUGUGAUUUCAUAGUAAGGAAGUCAACUGGUUGAAUUCCUCUCUGAGUGCUGAUUGCCUGUCAUGUUUACUCAGUCUGAGAUUUUGCCUGCCUCUAUUCCUUGUUACAGGCAGAUAAGGGUAAAUGCUGGAAGGAUCGAUAUUGGGUAAAGGUAAGCUCUUUUAUCUUCUGAAAUUUCAUUUGGAAUUUUGGAAGAGAUGCUUUCUUUAAAGGCUAUUUUCAUUUCAUCAUGCCUGAAUCUUCAAUCUGUUGGGCAUGGCAGUCAAUUAUGAAUUUUUGGUUGAAUGUUUAUGAAUUAUUUUAAAAUCAGUUCAAGCAUGUAGGCUCUGUGACAGAAAUAGAGGGAGAGAAAACGAAGAUGUGCUGCAUAGGAUUAUAACCGUUUACAAUGAAUCUGAAAAUUAUUUUUUCAUCAUUACAUCCUAUUCCCACUUGAUUAAAGAGAAAAUUAUAAAAUGUUGAUCAAACUGGCAUUUUGUAUGAAUAUAGUGUUGUAGCAUAAGCCAUUUUGAGAAUGUGAGGGUAUAUGCAAAGGGAAUGCUGUGGUCAUAAUACGAGGAGAAAAUAAAAGAUUUUCUUGAGGAUUUUCUAAGGAAGUGUAGGGAGGAUAGAGAAAAGAAAGGUUAAUGGAGGUGGUGAUACAAAAAUGGGAUACAAUCAAGCUUCAGCAUAGGUGACGGACAUGGUGGAAAAAUAAUCCAUAUCCUGGACCCCAGUAGGUUAAUAUCUAGAUCAUCAUUAUCUACCAUUCAAAUAAAUAAAUAAAAUUCAAAUUAGUGAAUGGACUACAUAAAAAAUGAUUUUGCUGAAUUGAUUCAAGAUUGGCAUGACUGUAGUCACUUGUUGGAGAUGCAAUAAUGUUGUCUGACUUUCUAAAACUGGGGAAGCAUUAACAGGCAACAUUAUCAAUGUUGUUAGAACUAUAGUUACUGAUCUUAAAAUGUUCUUCUCUCAUGGGGCCAUUGUCACGGGGUGGCCAUGCGAGUAGUGUCAAAGUCAUCUUAUGGUGAUUUCAAUUGUAAAUCCCUCAAAUAUCCUGUGAGAAACUGCAGGUGGAAUCGCUUUUACUAUUUCUCCCUGGCAGCCAUCUUCCAUUUGCACAGAUUAUAGAGCAGUGGUAAAAUUGAUUUAAUCACACGAUGUAUUUUUACCAUUUAAUCUUCCUAUUACUUAAAUUUUUAAUAUUUUGCUCAAAAUCUUCGGUUUGACUGGGGUUGGCCCUAAUCAAGUGAUCAAAGCCGAGUCCAGCUGGGUCCAAUCAAGUAUAUUCCUCCUGAUCCUGUGACUGAGUUCAUGCUUUUAGAUGAUUGCCCCACUAGGUCUCAUCUUCAACGAUAGAGCAGAACGAAAUAUGAUAAGAUUAAUGCAUCUGCAACAAAUCAUCAUUCUCAUGUAUAAUAGCUAGGAAUAUCUUUUUCCCUGAAUACUGAUUUAAUUUACGACAUCGAAUGAUUUCACAGGAGUUUUUAUCCACAUUAGAACCUUGUACUGCCAUGAACCAGAGUUAAGAUGACAGUCACAAAUGUAAACUGACGCUGGCUAAUCUAGGGUUUUUGCCGGUAGAAGUAUGGAUCCUAUUGUCUCUCAUUAUCAAUCCUCCCCACUGAAAAGACCAUGAAGACUUCACCAUCAACUCAAAUACAGCAUGUGUGUUCAUGAAUCAUCUUGCCCUAGCUCCAAACGACAAGUGCAUAUAUAUUCAUGGGGGCAGAAGAUUUUCGGUCUCCUGUCUCCAAAGAAGGAUGAUAAGGCCUGUGAUCGUGUCACUUCGUGGAUGGGUGCGUGAUGCCGAUGAAUUGCUGCAUUUAAAUCAUCUUUUAGGGCUCGGUCACUGUAAUAUCCGUGCAAGGGUUGGCAAGGGGAUGUGAUGUGAAGAUCUUUUCUUUGUUGAUACCACAUCAGAAUUUAUGGAUAGGCCCUUUCUUUGGGUGACUUUCCUUUUUCAUUUCAAAUACUAUUCCAUCAGAUUGAAUACUCUUCUUAUGAUAUCAGAACAAAAUUUUCAUCAUGCUUUUAAGUGAUCAAUUCUCUUUGCAGGCAAACCUCUGGAUUGUGAUCUUUAGCUAUGUUGGGAACUACUUCUGGACUCACUAUUUUUUUAAAGUUCUUGGAGCAUCCUACACGUUUCCAUCAUGGAAAAUGAACGAUGUAAGUCAACAGGAAUUGCGAUCAGUUGCGUUUGUUAUGGAUUUGAGUUGUUUGAUCGAAAUUAUUUCAUCAAUAUUCUUCUGUUUAAAUUUUUUUCUUCACCAACAUUCCCUAUCCCGUUAAAUUUGACUAAGAGACAACCCUGCUUAGCUCUUAUAUUUGAUCAAAGUUCAUGUAAACAAGUUUGCUGUGGUGUUCUUAUUGUUCUUAGUAGAUCAAUCAUCGGUUCAAUGUUUCCUUUUUAAUCUUUUCAAAUAACUUAUCAUGGUGAUCUCAUCUGAUCCAGGUGCCACACACAACUUUCCUGCUCACCCACGUUUGCUUCCAGUUUUACCACGUUGCAUCAAAUCUGACUCUCCGUAGACUGCGCCAUUCUAUCGCUGACUUGCCACAGACGAUCCAAGUGGCAGCAGAGGGGGCAUGGGUCCUGGCCCUCGCAUACUUCAUUGCAUACUUGGAAACUAUAGCGAUUUCCAAUGUAAGUACAGACUCACUGGUAUCAUCUUGCUGAUUACUUAUGUCUAAUCCCAUUCUUAGUUCAAAAUUUACUUCCGCAGACAUGAAUCUGGGCAACAUGUCUCAUAGUUGACUAUCAUCACUUCGAUGAUGUCUGAUUUUUCGGUUGGGAGACCUCUCUAUGGUAGAAGAGUGUGACAUAACUCAACCCUUUUCUUGGAUUUGCAGUUUCCUUAUUAUCAGUUUGUUGAUCGGGCAUCAAUGUACAAAGUGGGGUCGUUGUUCUAUGCUAUUUAUUUUAUCGUCAGCUUCCCCAUGUUCUUGAGGUAAGAAGUCUCAAUCCAAGAUCGCUUCAUUCCUUGCCAUUAUAUCCUAUGCAGUGCAUCAUCCAGCGUAUUUCUUUCCCAUUUGGCCUUAAAACCAAGCCCAAAAACUAAAAAAUAGCCCGAGCCCUGCUUAAACUGGUGAUUAUUGAUAGGAGACUUUCCAUUUUACAGCCUUUUUCAUGGUUCCCAUUAAUAGAAUGUCCACUGAUAUCCCUCUACCGCAAUAUCUGACAUCUCUCUCUCUCUCUCUCUCUCUCUCUGUGUCUCUCUCUCUGUGUUGUCUCCAGGGUAGAUGAGAAACCUGGCGAUCCGUGGGAGCUUGGGAGGGUGGCCGUUGACGCACUCGGCGCCGCCAUGCUCGUCACCAUCAUCCUCGACCUCUGGCGGAUAUUUCUUGGGCCCAUCGUUCCCGUCUCUGGGGCAAACCAGUGCUCACAGCCAGGGCUCCCAUGGUUCCAGUGA